CUUGUGGUUUUAUUUAUCCUCCGUAAUGGCCAAUGAUAAUGGCGAUUCUGAUCCAACCAUUAAUUCAUACAUUGCUGUGCCUCUUGCCUGAGGAUGGAAGUUCAAUAUGUAGCUACAGUAACGUUAGAUGUAGAAGGCUAAUGUUUUAACUCGCUAAUGUUGCCUCGAAUUGAAGUUAGGCUAGCGAACAAGCAUUUUAGCUAGGGAGCCUAGGACAACAAACAAAUAAAAGCGUGUACUGCUGAAUGACAGAGUGAUAAGACCGUGUCCUCAACAUGAAAGAGAGGAGGAUGGCGUUGGCGUUUCUCUACACGUAGGGUGGAGCGCAGCAUAAGACCAACAGACGUCCUAAUAAUGUGCAGUCUGCUGACACUGGAUGACUGGAAACAGCAGAGAUGAAGGAGCUAUGGGUUAUAGCUGUCUUUGCUACAGUCUCUUUUCCACAGGGGAAUCUCACCACAUCCUCUGCCAUUCCAACCACCAUUGACAUAACUACCUCAACUACUACUGCCCCUUUAACCCCUGAUCCUCCAACUACUGACACUCCAAUUACUGGCUACCUAAAUACUACUGGUCUUCCAACUACUGGUUACCCUACCUCUAUCCCUGUUACCAGUAUCAGUCUCUCCUCUCCCACCACAACCCCUCUGGACUGUAUCAACGGUGGUGAGCUGCAGAGUGGAGUCUGUAUCUGUCCUGAUGAGUGGACUGGAGAGACCUGUUCAGAGGAGAAUUUCUGCAAUUCCACCAGCAAGGAUGGAUUCUCCUUCCCAAGAACAACGGUUGGCUGGUCUGCUUAUUCAGAAGAGUUGUGUGAUGAGAAGACAACCAGUACCGGUUUACCAGAAGCCUCAGCAAGAUGUUUGAAUGACACCGGCUCUCCAAUGUUUGGUCCUCCUCACAUUCUGCAGUGUGAAUUUACCCUCAGUGACAUUCAAGGAAAUAUCUCCAGCAGUUCAGGUGAUUUACUACAGUUAGCCUUCAGUACUCAGAUCCUGACCUCUCAACCAGAGCAGCUGUCAGCUGACAACAUCACCACAGCAGCUCAGAUCGCUACCACACUGCUUCUGUCUGCAAAUAUCACAGAGGACAUCGCAGUGGCAGCUAUAACUACCAUCAGUCAGCUGCUGAAUGCCAGUGAGGAGAGUACACAGGAGAGAGACGCUGUCCAAAACCUCACAGAGACCCUGGAGAUGUUUUCCCUGGACCAGCACAAUAAUGUGUCCUUGGUGGUUCAGCCCAACCUGGCAGUCCAGUCUGUCCAAGUACCAAGUGACUCAGUAGGGAUCCAGUUUACUGCUCUGACUGGAAGUUCUGGCAAUUUUGUGGCAAACGGAAUAAAUCUCAACAUCAAUACCUCUGAACUGAUAGCUGACAAAGGAGGUUCUACCGAUGUCCAGAUUGUUAUCAAAUUCCCACCAGUUUUGCAUAGUAAAAACACAAACCACUCCAUUGGUUUUGUGCUCUACCAAAACGACCGGUUCUUCAGGUCCAGUGCUUUCAGUGCUUCUUCAGGGACCAGCAGAACGGUCAUCUCUGCUAACCUGGGACAAGUGUCUGGGUUACAUGUUGAGAUGCUCUUCAAGCCCACAACUGUCCCCAACGCCUCCCUCCAUGACUUUGCCUGUGUGUGGUGGAACUACACGUUGAAAGACUGGAGCACCUUUGGCUGCUCCAAAGUCAACCACUCAGAAGACGGCCUGCGAUGUUUCUGUAAUCACACCACUAACUUUGCUGUGCUGAUGUCGUUCAGGAGGGAUUUUAAAUACGCUGAAGCGCUAAACUGGAUCACCAUAUUGGGAUGUUCCAUGUCCAUCAUAGGGUUGAGUUUAACAAUAACAUUCCAGAUGGUGACCAGGAAAUCACGCAAAACCAACCCAACAGUCCUCUUAGUGAGCAUCUGCGUGUGUCUCCUGAUCUUUACCCUCCUCUUCAUGUUGGGAGUGGACAACCCUCAUAAACAGCUGGACAAACCUGAAAUACUUGAGGACAACAUUCUCCCCCUGUCCGACACACACACGGAGCAGGACAGAGGGCCUUGUACUGCAGUGGCAGUCCUGCUGCAGUACUUCCUGUUGGGGACGUUCACCUGGAACACGCUGUACGCCACAAAUGUCUUCCUGAUGAUCAGAAACAGCCUGGCCACCAGCCCGUCACACUUCACAGCCUAUACCGUGGCCAUCGGAUGGGGACUGCCUGCAGUUGUGGUGGCCAUCACCUUAGGAAUUAGUUACAGAGUGGAUGAUCCACUGGGUUACAGGCAGGAGGAAUUUUGCUGGCUUGCUGCCCUCGAUCCAAAGGGGAACUUUGACUUCAAGCUGCCAAUGUUUUGGGGGUUCCUGAUACCUGUGGCAUUCAUGCUUAUGUUCAACACAGUGAUGUUGGUAUAUUUUGCAGUUACAACGUGCAAGACCAACCCACAUUUAACUAGUACAAGACACACAUCGAUGAAGAAGAAGUUCCUCAGUAGCUUUUCUCUGGCUGUGGUGCUCGGUCUCUCCUGGAUCCUGGGCUAUCUGUUGCUCAUUCCACAGAACCAGACCAUGUACACCAUACUCAACAUCUCCUUCUGUGUACUCACCACCACUCAGGGCAUGCAGAUUUUCAUUCUGUUCACAGCAAGAACAGCAAUUGUCAAGAAAAAGAUGUCAAGUACUUUGAAUUCUGUCUCUAGUGCUGGGAUCCCUUUUCACACUAGGAAGUUCAGUCUAUGGCGAGGCGAGCACAGUGAUAAAGUAGAAUCAUAUACACAGCAGGACACUGUGUUAUUUCCAACUUGUUCCUCACAGACAUCUAACUGAUGGGCUGCAAGUUCAAACCUAGUUUGUAAAACUUCUCCUCUUGUACUAUAAUAUACAAUAUACUGCACACAAUUUUGUAUCCACGUAGAGUAUAUUUACUGUGAAGACUAGUCCUUCAGAAGUUGUUGUCCAAUGAUUUUUUUUUUUUUAAUAAAAGUGUUCAA